AUGGUCAACACAACAACCAUUCUUUAUGCAUACAAUAAGCCUGCCCGAAGCCUAACCCUGAACUGCUUUGUCGGCGAGGUAUUCAGCGUAAGAGGCGGACAGAAUCCCUCGGAAAAAAAUAAAGAUAUCGAUUACUGCAGAAUCGAGUCUCAGACGGAGUAUCGCUACAACCUUGCAGUGAGGGCAACCUACAUGGAUUCGAAUGGAGUGCAACAGAUUUCUGAUUUUUCUAUUCGUGAUAUUUUUACCGGCUCUCUUACAAAACCAACCUUCCGAAUGCCAGUACUAAGCACUUUUUCUAUUGUGUUCACCAAUCUUGCGACCAAUGACCGCUGUACAUUAGGUCUGGGUGCUCGAUUCGAUUCUAUUUUAAAUGAUAAUCCCGCUGAGGGUAACGAAACUGAAGUGAUACCAGCACUGGUUGCUUUGCGGCCACCCACUGUCUACCCUCUAAAGGGUGUUGGAACCAUUUUCGUGCUGCAAUACCCCAAGAAUUAUGAAGAAACUAAAGCGGAGGCAAAUCUGGUGAGACUUGUGAGUCCUAGCAACAGUUGUCAGGAAUCUGGCCAUGGGCACUAUAUGGAAUACACUACGGAUAUUCCGUUUGAUGAUGUCCCUCCAAACCCUUUACAGAAGUAUUAUAUGCGUAAACACCACUUCUACGAAGCUGGAAGCUACAGAAUCUGUUAUCAGGAAAACAACACUGCCGCAGGCUAUGAGCUGGGCAUUAUCACGGUCUUCAGCGGCAAUCCUAUCUAUUAUAUAAUGAUUAUUGACUAUAAUCAAAAUACUUAUUCUCAUGCGACAUUAUUGAUAAAAUUUCAUGGCUAUAACCUUGAUACUAGAAAGAACAGUGACAUGGCCAAGCUUGUGGAUGAAAAUGACUCCUGCGCUUAUGGUCAGCCGGCGGGUGGAGUGCCACUCAAUGUCCCGCUACUUCCCAAGGGCAAUUACGGCCCCUACACCACCUAUGCUUUCUGGAAAAUAGUAAUAACCCAAGCAGGUUCCUAUAGGGUAUGCUACAAGCGCCGUGGAGAAGAGUGGACUGAUGUGCCCAAUAUAAUUGCAGCUUGGCCAAGCCUUGGACCUACGCCAGACUCCACCCCCACACCAUUUCCGACUCCCAUUGAUCCUGUCACAAAUGAAGCCUGCCCGACAGCACCGACGGAUGGUGAGCCUUGGAUUGGCUACACCAACUUGAGGUUUACUAUGAAAAAGAACAAGAAUAUAGGGGAGCUUACCAAGAUGAUCGCCAAUCUCUUCUGUGUACCGCGAUCAGCGUUUACGAUAAUUCGUAUGACUCACAACGAGGCUGGACAACAAGUUGUUUAUGUCGUUUUCUCAUGCAGCGGGGUCACACUAUACGACGGCAGGCCCGCUUGUGACAGCGUAGAGCGAAGCAAUUAUGCCGUAAUGCUCAGUACGAUCAAUUCAUCGUUUCUGCACGAUAAUGACAUCGAUCAAAUUGUAGGCAGCACCUCCAUCGCGAUCUCUGGUGAUGAUCCUGACGUCUUGUCGCAUAACAGGAGGUUUUGGUCUACGUUACUCAUUUGUGUCACUGCAAUUGCGUGUACGGGUAUGUUUGUGUACGCGGUCUUAAAAUACCGUGAACGUCGGCAGUACUUUGUACAGUUUGGUAUGGAUGAUGACAAAAUCGACGACAUGUACAUGCCAGCUAUGAUGAUGACAGAUACAAAUGAGAACAGCCAUCCUGACACCAGUCAGCGCUCCUUUCAAAGUGAAAAUACAGGCGUUAAUAAAAAGUAUUCCGAUUGA